AUUGAUAAUUAACAAAUAAAAAAUGCUGAGGUGCUUUCUUGUCCGAUUAGAAUCGAGCUCAACUAGGUGUUUUUUUCUCCCCCCAAAUCCUUAUUUUCUCUGAUAGAUUUCUUAGUUUUUGUUUCUUUAAAAAAAUUAGGGUUUUCAGGUGCCGAUCGAAAUUGAUGGGUGCGUUUGAAGAGAUUGCAGCUGAUAUCAGUUUUCUAUUACACUUUGAUUUGAAUGGACCAUUUUAUGAUUCAUGCCAAUGGGUUGGGUGACAGUUCGGAUGUAGAAAUGGAUGAGAUAAGGUGUGAGAAUAUAGCAGAGAAAGAUGUCAGUGAUGAAGAGAUCAAAGCAGAAGAUUUGGAGAAGCGAAUGUGGAAGGACCAUAUCAAACUUAGGAGGAUCAAGGAAAGACAAAAGCUUGCAGCCCUACAAGCUGCAGAGAAGCAGGAGCCCAAGAAGAUGCGACUAGAUCAUGCUCGGCGGAAGAAAAUGGCAAGAGCUCAUGAUGGGAUAUUGAAGUACAUGCUGAAGCUUAUGGAAGUGUGCAAAGCCCGAGGAUUUGUGUAUGGGAUAAUUCCCGAGAAGGGUAAGCCGGUGAGUGGUGCAUCAGAUAACAUAAGGGCUUGGUGGAAGGAGAAGGUGAAGUUUGAUAAGAAUGGACCAGCUGCUAUAGUAAAAUAUGAAGCGGAGUGUCUUACAAAGGAAAAGGAAGAUGGUUUUCAAAAGAGAAACUCCCAAAACAUUCUUCAAGAGUUGCAAGAUGCAACGUUAGGGUCUCUCUUGUCUUCGUUGAUGCAACAUUGUAAUCCACCUCAGAGGAAGUACCCCUUAGAGAAAGGUAUUCCUCCGCCUUGGUGGCCAACAGGGAGCGAAGAAUGGUGGGUGAAAUUGGGGCUACCCAAAGGUCAGAGUCCUCUGUAUAAGAAGCCUCAUGAUUUGAAGAAGUUGUGGAAAGUUGGAGUUUUAACUGCUGUGAUAAAGCACAUGUCACCUGAUGUUGCAAAGAUCAGGAGGCUAGUCCGGAAAUCAAAGUGCUUACAGGAUAAGAUGACUGCUAAGGAGAGCUCAAUUUGGUUGGGGGUUUUGAGUCGAGAGGAAUCCCUCUUCCAGCUGCCUAGCAGUGACAAUGGGGCAUCUGGCAUGUCUGAGCCACCUUCAAGUGGCCAUGGAGAAAAGAAGAAACCUUCUGUCAGUAGUAACAGUGACUAUGAUGUUGAUGGCAUUGAUGAUGGUGUGAGUUCUGUUUCAUCUAAAGAUGACUUGAGAGAUCAACCAGUGGAAGUGGAACCAUCUAGUCAACCUCAAAAUACUACACCCCAUCAUUUCAAGGAUAAUGAGAGACUAGAGGAGCAACCUAGUAGAAAAAGACGACGUGUGCGAUCAAGUUCAGCUGCUCAACAGGCUGCACCUUCUAGUGAGCAUCUACAUCAUGAACCACGAAACACGCUGCCUGAUAUAAACCAAACUGAUGUACCUUCCCCUAUGUGUGGCGGCCGACACAAAAAUGAUACAACUGAAACUAUGAGGCCUGUGGAGAAAGGUCUUCAGGACCCUAGAUUGCACAUUGAAAUUCAAAAUACCAGGUUGCUUAAUGGUCGAAAUUCUGGGUUGCAUCAAGAUCAAAGAUCAAAAGAUUCUCGGAUGCAUCAUGGCCCUACUCAUGAUUUUCAUAGUCUAUCACUGGAAUUUGGGUCCAGUAGUGUUGGACAGCAGACCCAGAUGGGAUUUAGUGAACCGUGGGUUAGACCAGAGGAUUCUGGAGUCAAUGUACCACCACUGCAUGAAAAUGAAAAUGCUAUUUUUGAAGGAGAUAUGCACCAGUAUUUGAAAGACACCUUUCAGAAUGAUCAAGAUAAACCUCUUGCAAAUCACUUUGGAUCUCCAAUCAAUAGCCUGUCGCUAGAUUAUGGAGGAUUUGACAGCCUAUUUCAUCUUGGAAUCAAUGACUCAGGUUCAUUAGAUACCAGUGAUAUAGACUAUUUGCUUAAAGAUGAUUGGAUGCUCGAUUGCUUUGGAGCGUAGAUUGUCAGAUUUUGUGAGCGACAUUUUACAGUAACACCUUCCUUCCUUCCUCUCUCCCCCUUUGGAAGUUGAUUGAAUGAAUCUUAUUUUGACAUUGUUUCUUAUGCAAGGACUGCAAAAAUUGCAGUGGUUGGUGCUGAGCGAGGUGAACAACGUUUGCUAUCUGUUGAACUGUUGCCAGUGCUGGUGUUGUCCACGGAUAACAACAAUGUAAGUUAUGAACUUAAUACUCUGAUCCCUCAAUGUAGUGCAGAUGUAAUGAAUAGGUUCAAAAAAAAUUGUCUGGUGAUCCUGAGUAGUUGGUGUAAAUAAGUCAAAUUUGUUUGAUUGGCAAAAACAGCAUGGUUAUAGUGUCUUGUUCUUUUUUCCUUGACCAAGCUUGAAAUUAAUAACAAUUUUUCAUGUCUUCUGUUUGUCUA